UGCCUUGGGCGGGCGUCCAAAACGGAAGAGGCGUUGCCCUGGUCACCUAGGAAGCGCGCCCGCUCUUCGCCGCGGCUCAGCCGGCAGCGUCCCGGGGACGGGCUUCCUCGCCUCCCUCCUCCCCGGGGCCGCAGACCCUGCGCGGAGCGGAGAGCCGGCGCCAUGGGCGGGGAGGAGGAGGAGGUCCUGCGCAUCGCCAAGCGGCUCGACAAGAUGGUCGCCAAGAAGAGCGUGGAAGGGGCAAUGGACUUGCUGAAGGAACUGAAAAGUAUGCCGAUAACACUUCAUUUGCUGCAGUCUACCCGAAUCGGGAUGUCGGUGAAUGCCCUUCGCAAACAAAGCACAGAUGAGGAAGUGAUUGCACUCUCCAAAUCGCUUAUCAAAGCUUGGAAGAAACUCCUAGAUGCCUCCGAAGAUAAGAGAGAUGCAAAAAAGAAGAAUUCGCUGCCAGAGUCUUCUUCAAAACAGACGGGUGAUUCGCGAGACCAAAGCUCUAUCAAAAGGCAGGAGUCCAUAAAAAGUCCCACCACGCCCAAAAUCACAACUUUCCCCCCCGUGCCCAUCACGUGUGACACAGUCCGGAGCAAAUGCCGAGAAAUGUUAACUUCUGCUCUCCAGACGGACAAUGACUAUAUGGCCAUUGGUGCUGACUGUGAGCAACUUUCUGCCCAGAUUGAAGAAUUCAUAUUCCAAGAUGUGAAGAACACAGACUUGAAGUAUAAAAAUCGGAUCAGGAGCCGUCUCUCCAACCUCAAGGACUCCAAGAAUCCCGACCUCCGAAAGAAUGUCUUGUGUGGAGUGAUCACCCCCGAACAAAUUGCAGUGAUGACCUCAGAGGAAAUGGCCAGCAAUGAACUGAAAGAGAUCCGCAAAGCCAUGACUAAGGAAGCCAUCCGGGAGCAUCAGAUGGCCAAAACUGGAGGGACCCAGACAGACCUUUUCACUUGUGGCAAGUGCAAGAAAAAGAACUGCACCUACACUCAGGUGAGAUUUCACGGGUUUUCUUGA